UUUUUAUCUACCUAAAUAGAUAAAACUGAAUUUUCUUUAAAUAGGGCACAAUCUUUAUAAGCAGUUUAGGCAUUAAAAAUAAAGGAUUUAAUAAUUUAUUUCAUUUGAGAUAAAGAUAAAACUUUCUCUUUCUGCGAGCCAAGGAAGUACGCCACUGGAUUUAUGACGAUUAGGUAACCAGUACAACUACACUUAUACAGCUGUUCCACGACGUACGCAUCGUCCUCGUCCAGUUAGUUAUAUUUUUUUAAAUAAAAAUUACGUUCGACCAAGAUCUGAUUCGCGUUGCCAAAAAUAAAUUUAGUAACGACAGAGAGUAACUAUCAAUAAGAUGCAACCUUUCGCCGGUUUAGUUAAAACCACCAUUCCAAAUUAUCUCUCUGGAUUACCAAUUCCGGACUCGAUCGGUGGAUGGUUUAAAUUAGGGUUUAAGGAUUGGCUUGCAUUAGUACCGCCUACCGCAGCCUUAGCUGGUUGCGGUUAUGUCGCUUAUCGAGCAUUUUGUCCUCAUGGAAGACCCCAACCUUGUGGAAAAGUUAACCCUUCUAUUCAAAAAAAUAACCCUAAGGUAGUAGAUUCAGUUGAUGUUGAAGAUAUUGCAGAUAAAGCCGCUUUUUGUCGAUGUUGGAGAUCGAAGAAGUGGCCUUAUUGUGAUGGUUCACAUGGAACUCAUAACAAAGAAACAGGAGAUAAUGUUGGUCCCGUUGUUGUUAAACGAGAAAAGUAAGAUUUGAAUAAUAUAUACAGAUUAGUAAAAAUUGUAUAGUGGGUGCUAACAUGAAUUUGAAGGUUCUUUUCUGAUUUAUUUUUCUAUUUUAAAUCUAUUAAUUUAUCUAUAUUGGUGGGAAACUCUAUAUAAUUGCUGUAUAAAUAAAUUUUUUUUGAGACUUAA